AUGGCCUCUGGGGAGCUCUGUAGCCAGUAUGACCUACAGAUGCUCACCAGCAACUCUUCAAGCCCUUCAGAGCGAGGAUGUCCAAACUGCCAGCUCAUCCUGCCCACCUCUGUCACUACAGCAGCACUCUCAGCGGGGGCCCUGGAGGAGGGAGCCGGCCACCCUGGCUGGGGAGUCCUAGGGCAGCAGAGAGGAGUCACGGGUAGCGGGGAGGAGGCUCUCAGUGACAAGGAGACAGCUCAGGGGCAGAAGGUGACCGAGCGGGGGACCAUAGCUGCCCUGCAGUCCUCAGCAAGGGUGCUGAUGCAGGGGGCAGAGGCUGCCCAUGGCAGGCCAGCCAGCCAGCCAGGCCCUUGUGCUGAUGUGGACCGUGUGUUUUUCAUCAUCAAAGAGAGCUUCCUGCUGUACUACUCUGAGAGUGAAAAAAAGAGCUUUGAAACCAAUAAAUACUUCAACAUCCAUCCUAAGGGCGUGAUCCCUCUUGGGGGCUGUCUGGUGGAGCCCAAGGAAGAGCCCAGCAUGCCAUAUGCCAUGAAGAUCUCCCACCAAGACUUCCACGGGAAUGUCUUGCUGGCUGCCGAGUCUGAGUUCGAGCAGACCCAGUGGCUGGAGAUGCUGCAGGAGUCUGGGAAGGUGACCUGGAAGAAUGCCCAGCUGGGAGAAGCCAUGAUCAAAAGUCUGGAGGCCCAGGGGCUGCAGUUGGCUAAAGAAAAGCAGGAGUAUUUAGACAAACUGAUGGAGGAGACGGAGGAGCUGUGUCUGCAGAGGGAGCAGAGAGAGGAGCUUGAGCGCCUUAACCAGGUGCUGGAGGCCGAGAAGCAGCAGUUCGAGGAGGUGGUGCAGGAGCUGAGAACGGAGCAGGAGCAGAUCAAGAGGGAACUGGAGCUAACUGCAAGGUGCCUCAAGGGUGUGGAACAAGAGAAGAAAGAACUGAGGCACCUUACAGAGUCCUUGCAGCAGACACUGGAGGAGCUCUCCUUAGAGAAGAAGAAGACACUGGAGCUGCUGGAGGAGAAUGAGAAGCAGCUGCAGACCCCGGCCGACCCGAGAGAGCAGCCUCCUCCCCACGGGGGACUUCACAGCAAUCUGAGGCACAUCGAGGAGAAGAUGCAGCAGCUGCUGGAGGAGAAGCUGCUGGCGGAGAGGCGCAUGAAGGAAAAUGAGGAACGCUCACGGGCCCUGGAGGAGGAGCGUGAGUUCUACUCCAGCCAGUCCCAGGCGCUACAGAACUCACUGCAGGAGCUGACAGCCGAGAAGCAGCAGGCAGAGCAGGAGCUCAAGGCUGAGGUGAAGGUCCGCAUGGACCUGGAGCGGCGGCUGCGGGAGGCCGAAGGGGCCUUGCGGAGCCUGGAGCAGGGGCUCAACUCCAAGGUGCGAAAUAAGGAGAAGGAGGAGAGGAUGAGGGCAGACGUGAGCCACCUGAAGAGGUUCUUUGAGGAGUGCAUCCGUAAUGCCGAACUGGAGGCCAAGAUGCCUGUGAUCAUGAAGAACUCUGUGUACAUCCACAAGGCGGCCACACGCCGCAUCAAGAGCUGCCGCUUCCACCGGCGCCGCUCCAGCACCUCCUGGAGCGACAUGAAGCCGUCCCAGUCCUUCAUGAACUCCCAGCUGGAAGCCAACAACCUGGAGGAACUGAAGGAGGUGGCCAGGCGGCUGAGCAGGGACCAGCGCUUCCGCGAGUCCAUCUACCACAUCAUGGCCACCCAGCCCGGAGCCCCUGCCGCCCUCUCCCGGGGUGGGAAGUGAGGGGUGCUCUGCCCCUGUCCCCCAGUCUCUCCU